AUGGCCCCCAGUGCGCAGCUAUCAGGGGGAGGCGAUCCGAAGUCCAACAAGGUAGAAAUUACAGAUCUAUGGGUUAAAAACUCGUCGAAGCUCACAGCGACAAAGUCCGAUAGAGGUCUUUAUCCCACAACAGGGGAAUCUGACGGAAAAGAGGCGGAGCCAUUGCUUUCGGAUAAAGUAGAGAAGAGUGUAGAGGAGGUGAAGCAGCUAGUGCGGAGUAGAAGCGCGAAGCAGUUCACGUGGGUGCUGUUGUUGAAAGCGCACAAGGCGGCGGGGUGUGUCGCGUGGUUGGGGUACGCCAUCGCGUCGCUAUUCAGAAAUCUUGGAGCGAGAUUAUCGGAGGACGAUCAAGAGGAUGACGAGGAGGAAGAGGACGACUACGAGGGGUUAAACGCGCGGCCGUCGCAACGACUGCUAUGGACAUUAAGGGUGCUGUCCGUGCUGUCGUUAGCGCUGCUGGCGUUCGAGGUUCUGAGCCACUCGAGCGAGCUGGAAUGGGAGUUUCAGCUGCACAACCCCACCAAACACGUCAUGCCGCUUAUCGCCUCCAUCACCGCCCGCUUCCAUGCCAUCACGCAAGACUGGGUUAACAUCAGGACGAAGUACAUCGCGCCGCCGUUGCAGUGGUUCGCGAACGCGUGCAUCUACCUGUUCCUCGUGCAAACCGUGGACCGGCUCGUGCUGUGUCUUGGGUGCAUCUGGAUCAACGUCAUGGGCAUCAAGCCGCGCUGUGAACCGCUCGCGCCGUACGACCCGGAGGAGGCGGGGCAGUCGUACCCCAUGGUGCUCGUGCAAAUCCCCAUGUGCAACGAGCGCGAGGUGUACGACCAGUCGAUCGGCGCGGCGUGCAAGCUGGAGUGGCCGAGAGAGCGCAUGCUGAUUCAGGUGCUGGACGACUCGAGCGACGACGAGAUUCAGAAGCUCAUCGAAGCGGAGUGCCUCAUGUGGCAGCAGCGCGGCUACCCCAUCAUCUACCGUCACCGCGUCAUCCGCACCGGCUAUAAGGCGGGGAAUCUGCAGAGCGGCAUGAACUGCGAGUACGUGAAGAAGUACGAGUUCGUCGCCAUCUUCGACGCCGACUUCCAGCCCAAGCCGGACUUUCUCAAGCUUACCGUGCCGCAUUUUAAGAAUAAUCCCGACGUGGCGCUGGUGCAGGCGCGGUGGAACUUUGUGAACAAGGACGAGAACCUGCUGACGAAGCUGCAGACGAUCAACCUGCGCUUCCACUUCGAGGUGGAGCAGCAGGUCAACGGCGCGUUCAUCAACUUCUUCGGCUUUAACGGCACGGCGGGCGUGUGGCGCAUCACGGCGCUCGAGGAGUCGGGCGGCUGGAUGGACCGCACGACCGUCGAGGACAUGGAUAUUGCCGUGCGCGCGCACCUGAAAGGGUGGAGAUUUCUGUUUUUGAAUGACGUGGAGGCGAUGUGCGAGCUGCCCGAGUCGUACGAGGCGUUUCGCAAGCAGCAGCACCGGUGGCACUCGGGCCCGAUGCAGCUGUUUCGGUUGUGCCUGCCCGAUAUAAUCGCGGCGAAGAUCGCGCUGUGGAAGAAGCUCAACAUGAUUUUCUUGUUCUUUUUGCUGCGGAAGAUGAUUCUGCCCUUCUAUUCGUUCAUGCUCUUCUGCAUCAUCCUGCCGCUCACCAUGUUCGUACCCGAGGCGCAGCUACCGCUGUGGGUCGUGUGUUACAUCCCGGGCAUCAUGUCUCUCCUCAACGUCCUCCCCUCGCCAAAGUACUUCCCGUUCAUGAUACCGUACCUGCUGUUCGAGAACACGAUGAGCGUCACCAAGUUCCAGGCCAUGAUCGCGGGGCUCUUCCAGCUCAAGAGCGCGCACGAGUGGGUCGUCACCAAGAAGACCGGCCGAACCACCGACGCCGACCAACCGCUCGCAACCACCGCCUCCGAACCACUGGGCACUCUGAAACCGAGCAAGUCUGUUGCGAAUAUCUCUCGGCCGUCUACACCACCAGCUGCUUUCACCCGCACCGCAAGCGAGGGCAUGCUCAACGUUCGGAUAGAGGAUCAGCUUAAAGUGAAGAUAGAUCAACCUUUGCUGACGACACCACCCAAGAGUACAGAGGCCAUCACGCAAUCAAAACCGACUGGAAGAAAACUGUACAAGAAUGAGUUAGCGCUGGCGCUGCUGCUGCUAGUGGCGGCGGCGAGGAGCCUGCUGACGGUGGCAGGGAUGCACUUCUACUUCCUGCUCUUCCAGGGCUUCACCUUCCUCAUUGUCGCCCUCGACCUCAUCAGCGACCGCCAAUAG